AUGCCGGUUCCAUUUGAAGGGUUGUUACCAUAUGCUAUAAUGACUGCAUUUUUUGGUUUGGCAGGUCAUGGUGUCCAAUUCAUUAGAUACUGGGAUAAUGGCUGGAAGAAUGAUAGAUACCAUUUGGACGAAUGGGAUGACAAAAUGAUGGCCAGAGAUUUGCUAUUGACUGGGGUCAAACGGGGUCAAAGUAGUGAAGCUGUUGCUCCUGAAUCAUUCAAGACCGCUGAAAAGAUCGAGCAAAGGUACUGGACUCCAUACAGAGACGAAUAUUUCACAUUAAGAGAAAGAUUAUUCAGGGGUUAUGCAUUUGGCGAAUGGGAAUUAUCUUAG